AGUCAGUUAGAUUCAGAAUUCUGACCGGCCAACGUUCACACCGAGUUCUUUAGUUCUUUUUAAUUUUAAGCAAAACAGCUCACAAUGCAAGCGAUCCGGCGUGGAUUGCCGGGACUGCGCGUUCUCAUGGCCGGACUGAUCAUCCUGGGAAUCCAGGACUCGCAGGCCUACGACAAGGAGAUGACCGUCUAUGUGGACGCCGGAAAGACGGAGUGCUUGUAUCACACGGUCCGCCAGGGAGAGACCAUUGACUUCGACUAUCAGGUGAUCGAUGGCGGGCACGGCGACCUGGACAUCAGCUUCACCCUGCUGGAUCCCAUCGGUCUGGUGAUAGUCAGUGAUUUCAAGAAGCCGGAGAACGUCCACCGCCACGAGGUGGCCAAGGAGGGUGACUAUCGCUUCUGUUUCGACAACAGUUUCAGCAUGUUCAACCGGAAGACGGUGUUCUUCGAGCUGAUUGUGGAGCGGGAGGGCGAGGAGCUCCAGGGCGACACCCAGUGGAACGAGGUGGACGAGCUCGUGGGGCUCUCACGUGACGAGUACUACGACAUGAAGGUGCAGGACAUCAUGGACUUCAUCGGACGCAUCCGUCUCCAGCUGAACAAGGCCCGCCAGUUACAGGAUGUGCUGCGUUCCCACGAGGCACGCGAUCGCAAUCUUGCCGAGUCCAAUUUCCAGAAGGUCAACCAAUGGUCCAUGCUGCAGAUAAGCGCCAUGAUCGGUGUCGGGCUCAUCCAGGUGUUCUUGCUGCGCAGCAUCUUCGCCACCGGCGGACGGAUGCACGAUCUGUGGCGGAAACUGGGCAUUUGAUGGGUGCUGGUCAAACGGUGGCCAGGAAAAGCCUCUACCAAAGAUGUACAUGCCGGAGUCAACAGUAUGCAUUUAUUGAUCGAGUAGAUUUCCCUCAUACAAUUGCCUUCCGGCAGCUGGAUCCCAUAGUUAGAAUGUAAUUUAAAACACAACUUGCCAUCAUCUGUAGAUCGUUAGUUUCUAUAUAUAUAUAAUAUCAUGUAUUAAGUAGCCGUGUAUUUAAUAUAUAUGCGGGUGUGUGCUUGUGAUAAACGGGGUGUGUUGUGUGUGCGCGCGUGUGUAGGCAUUGUUAAACGAAAGCAAUUUUACGAUUAAGCCAAAAAAUGAGUUUGAUAUUAAAUUUAAAGUUGCAAGAACCAGUGUAAAA